UGAUUCCGAUUAGAUAUUGCACAGAGUUUCAUUCGAUUGCAAACUUUCAAGCUGUUGUGAUACUGACAAUUGUCCUAUGGUUCAUUAAUAACGAAUCGCACUGCUGUAAUUUAAUUUCUAAUUAUUUACCAAUAAAAACUAUAAUAUUGUUUCAAAUGGCGAAAACUAGAGUUUACGUUAUAGGCGUUGGCAUGACCAAGUUUGAAAAACCUGGUCGUCGUGCUGAUGUAUGUUAUCCAGAUAUGGCAAAAGAAGCUGUUGAAAAGGCUUUACAGGAUGCAAAAGUCCCAUUCUCGGAAAUACAGCAAGCCACCGUAGGCUAUGUAUACGGAGAUUCUACUUGUGGUCAAAGAGCAAUAUAUGGUAUCGGCAUGACUGGCAUUCCAAUAUAUAAUGUCAACAAUAACUGCUCCACUGGAUCCAGUGCGCUAUAUUUGGCCAAGCAGAUUAUUGAAUCUGGAAAUGCUGAUUGUGUUCUGGCUUUGGGCUUCGAAAAGAUGGAACGUGGGUCCCUCUCGGCAAAAUAUUUUGAUCGUGCUAACCCUAUGGAACGCCACAUCACUGAAAUGGCUGAACUCACCGAAAUUGGCAGUGGCCCAAUGGCCGCACAAAUUUUCGGUAAUGCUGGCAUGGAGCAUAUGCGCAAAUAUGGCACAAAGCCUGAACACUUUGGCAAGAUCGCUUGGAAAAACCAUAAACAUUCUGUCAAUAAUCCCUACUCUCAAUUUCGUGAUGAGUAUACGCUAGAGCAGAUUAUGCGCUCGCCACAGGUGGUAGAGGGUGUUCUUACAAAACUACAAUGCUGCCCCACAUCUGAUGGCUCAGGCGCUGCAAUAUUGGCAUCGGAACAAUUUGUACGUCGUCAUGGCUUAGAAGCACAAGCAGUAGAAAUAGUAGGCAUGGAAAUGGCCACUGACCCCGAAUCCACAUUUGCCGAUAAAAGUCUAAUGAAAAUUGCUGGAUAUGAUAUGACACGCUUAGCAACCCAACGUUUAUUUGCCAAAACAAAUUACAAGCCGCAGGAUGUAAACGUUGUUGAAUUGCAUGAUUGCUUUUCAGCAAAUGAAUUAAUCACUUACGAAGCUUUGGGCCUCUGUGAAGAGGGCAAAGCUGGAGAAUUCAUCGAUCGUGGCGAUAAUACUUAUGGUGGAAAGUAUGUGGUUAAUCCUAGUGGAGGUUUGAUAUCGAAGGGACAUCCUUUGGGAGCCACAGGAUUAGCGCAGUGUGCGGAGCUAUGUUGGCAAUUGCGUGGCUUGGCUGAGAAGCGUCAAGUGCCCGGUUGUAAGCUGGCAUUACAACACAAUUUAGGUUUGGGCGGUGCUGUCGUUGUUGGCUUGUAUCGCCUGGGCUUUCCAGCGGUUGCAAAGGUCAGUCAUAAUUUAACAGCAGCAACAAAGACAGCUAACAGUUCGGAAGGCUUUAAAGUAACACCUUUGCUGAAAUUAUUAGAAAUUGCCAUGCAAGAAGAUCAAGAUAAUCUUAUUGAAAAAGUACGUGCCGUAUAUGGUUUUAAAGUAACAAAUGGACCAAAUGGUCAGAUAGGCUUUUGGGUGAUUAAUGCUAAAGAGGGUAAAGGCAAAAUCAUUUUCAAUGGUAACGAUAAGUGUGAUGUCACCUUCACAAUCAACGACUCGGAUGUCACCGAACUAAUCACAGGAAAGUUGCCACCACAAAAAGCUUUCUUCCAAGGCAAGAUUAAAAUCCAGGGUAACAUGGGAUUGGCAAUGAAAUUAUUGGAAUUACAAAAAUCCGCACAAUCCCGCAUCGAUACUUUGAGGGCUAAAUUAUAAAAGGUGUUAGUUUCAAGAGUCCGAAUUAUAUCAUUUAUUUAUUGCUUGCUUUUGACGUUUAUUGCGGAAAAGGGUUGGAAGUAGUGCAAUAAUAUUAUAUUAAUCUGUAUAUAUAUGUAUGUGUUAUAUGUAACUAUGAAGUUGAGAUUUCAUUCAUAUGAAACACUUUCCAUUUUAGUAAUUGCUAAUUAUACUUUUUUUUAUACAUUUAAUGUCUAAAGGUGAAAUAAACGUUAUACGAAAUAUAUAUGUAAA